UACAAGGCCUAAGUUUUUUUUCAAGGUUCUCCCAUAACUGAAUUUUCUUCUUUCCACAGAUUUGAUAGUGGAGAUGGAAGGGAAGAAUCAGACUGUGUUGCUGAAUGACAAUGUCACCAUCUCCUGCAAGGUCCCUGGUUCCACACCCCUGAACAUCAAGGGUAUGGGUGUUAUCUGGUAUCAGAAGCAUGAGGUGCAUGAAACAGAGCACAAGGUGUUUGAAAUGUAUGGAAAUCAUCAAAAGGCAUUCAGACCCAGAGCCAGCGUGUCUCCAGCGGGGCUAGAGAAGGGGGAUGCUUCACUGCACCUUCCUGGAGUCCAGCUGAAGGACGCAGGAGAGUACCGAUGUAAGGUGGUGGUCACUCCCUAUGAAGCCCAGGAAACAGUCAUUCUAAAGGUUUUGGCUUCCCCAAAGUGCACCUUAUUUGGAGAACAAGCCACGGCGAAAGAUGAUGGCGACAAAUAUAUUUUGUGUAAUGCAAGUGGGUUCUACCCAAAGGACAUUAACAUAACCUGGCAUAUAUGGACACAGGAGAAUCCCCAGGGCCAGAAGAUUUCUGAAGGCAUCACCAAUGGUCCAGCCAUCAAGAAUGAGGACGGCACAUUUAAUAAAACCAGCCGUUUGAGGCUGAACCACUCUCUGGAACACAAUGUGAUGACCACCUACCAAUGUGUGAUAAGUCACAUAUCCUUGCCCACCUCCAGGAGGUCGAACUUCACCCUGUCUGGGAGAGGAUCUGAGAUGGGAAAUGCCUCGGGACUUACUGCUCCUUUGAUUACUCUUGGCGUUAUUGUACUAAUAGCAGUCAUUGGACUGAUUGUAUGGAAAAGGAAGAAAAAAUUGGUUCCGUUAUUUGAUCGGGCAGUCCGUGCACUUAGCUCCUGGACUGCGGGUCUCCUUGGGCAGCAGGAGCAGGACGACGGAUUAAGAAGCGGCCUAAAACUUCUGCGUGGAGUGAAAGAAAAUGGCCCAAACCAAGCAGACUGCUUGCAAAGCAUGGUUGGGAAAGCGCACUCAAACAGCUGGCCACUAAAAGCUGCCAGGAAAAGUGCCCCCUCUACCAGUGGGGUGAAGAUGCCCCAUCACUACAGGUCCUGGACCAUUGCACUUGGAGAAAUCCGUGGGAUACCAGAAAUCUACAGGGCUUCUGAUCCGGAAGCUGCCUUUCCAGAGAGAGGAAGGGAGAGAGAUAGAGAGUUAGAAACAUCGAUGAGAGAGAAACAUCGAUCAACCUUGAAUCUCAAGGAACUAUACUAUGAAUAUUGAAGAGAGUGAAAAUACAUACACAGAGUCUGUUGUAUUACUAAUUAAGAUGUAGAUGUGGCUUUAUUAAAACAGCAUUAAUUUCCAAAACAUUUCUAUAAAAGAUAAAAUAGAGGCUAAGAAUUUUGCUUUCAGGACAACCUUUAGAACCCAGUCAAUGCCCAGAGGGACUGUUUCAUUCUUUGUGAUGGCUCUGGUGACUUCUGGAUAGUUCUAUCUGCCCCUCUCUACCCAGUUUCAGGGCCUCAGAAUGGAAGCUGAAAUACUGGAGGCUGAAAUAUUGUAGCCAAGGUGGACAAAGGAGCCCCUUUUCCGUGAAGGUGUUUCUUUCUCUGAAGCUGUUAGUCCAGCAUCCAUCAGCAUACAUGAAGGUCAUAAUAAGGCCUCGUGACUUUCAAAGUAUCUGUCUAUGUACCAAUUAACCGGGACUCUAAUUGAAAUAUCACAUUUUUUGAAUGGACACAUGUAUGUUUAUAUAUAAGCUUGUGCCUAAAAUAGGUCUGCAGGGAAAACCAUUAGUUAUUUCAUGUCUUCUGAAAAACAAGUCUUCUGGAAUUUAUACAUGAAAAGCACCUUUUAAAAUUAUUAGUUUUCCUUUUCAUGAAGGAAACCAGUGCUACUUAAUCUAUAUUUUAUCAAUAUUUAUUAUGGCUAUAAAAACCAUAUAGUAAUGAUGAUUUAUACAUCCUAUUUUGAAGUUAGGAUUUUAUUUGGGGAGUAUUUUAAAAAAUUUUCUAUUUAAAUAUUGAAUUAAAGGUUUAACCUUUUAUAAAUAUGUAGCCCGAAAUGUUCUGUUAAUUUUA